AUGAGCAUGGAGGAUCCAUUUUAUCCGGAAUGGCAUCGGCCGCAUGAAGCUCGGAUGCACAAUUCGUUGUUUGAUACGAUGUCACGACCGUUGUCACGGCAGUCCAAUCAGUAAGUUGAUUAUAUUAACAUUGGUAUUUGUCUUAAUUUUGCAGAUUUCUUGUUUAUUGGGCUUACAGAUCAUACUUAGUUAUGUUUAGGUCCACAAGGCUUAAGUUCAGUCGGUUUAGGCUUAAAACGUUUUGUUUAAGCGGAAGAAGGGAGCCGUGCUUAGUAGGCUUAGGCUUAGUAGGCUUAGGUUUAUUAGGCUUAGGCUUAGGCUUAGUAGGCUUAGGCUUAGUAAGCUUAGGCUUAGUAGGCUUAGGCUUAGUAGGCUUAGGCUUAGUAGGCUUAGGCUUAGUAGGCUUAGGUUUAUUAGGCUUAGGCUUAGUAGGCUUAGGCUUAGGCUUAGUAGGCUUAGGCUUAGUAGGCUUAGGCUUAGUAGGCUUAGGCUUAGUAGGCUUAGGCUUAGUAGGCUUAGUGGGCUUAGGCUUAGUAGGCUUAGGCUUAGUGAGCUUAGGCUUAGUAUGCUUAGGCUUAGUAGGCUUAAGUAUAGUAGCAUUAGGCUAAGGCUUAGGUUUAGUAAGCUUUGGGGUAGUAGCCUUAGGCUUCAUAGGCUUAGGUUUAGUAAGCUUUAGGAUAGUAGCCUUAGGCUUAGUCAGUUUUGGCUUACUUUGUAUAGACGUACAAAACAUCUAAAGGUAGCGACAGAUACAUAAGUAAUGUUGCGUCGCAAGAACGGAAAGUAAAAUUGCCGUACUCGCAGUAAUUUGUUGGGUCGUUUUACAUCAAGGCAAAUAUUACAAAAGCCGUAAAAAUUGCAUAAUAAGAGUUGCGCAACAAAAUUUCUUGCAAUUUCUCUAAGGCUACUAAUGAUAUCAUUCAUAUUAGGUAAUGCCGCAAACAUUCUACGAUUGUCAUAAGUGUAGUUAGUUAGAGAUGUAUUUUAUGCUUUAAUACAGUGUUGCAUGAUAAAAUAUAACAUUCGUUAUGCUUGAGCUGAGAAGGUAAUGAGUUUGUACAUAGGCUUAUGUUUAGGCUUAGGCUUAGGAUUAGGCUCAGGCUCAGGCUUAGGCUUAGGCUUAUGCCUAGGCUUAGGCUUAGGUUUAGGCUUAUGCCUAGGCUUAGGCUUAGGUUUAGGCUUAGGCUUAGACUUUGCUUUUAAGCUUAGGCUUUGACUUAGGCUUAUGCUUUGAAUUCGCUUUUAAGCUUACUCAUAGGCUUACGUAGGCUUGCGGCUAGGCUUAAGCUUAGACUUAGGCUUAGGGUUUGACUUUGUUUUUAAGCUUAGGAAUAGCUUUAGGCUUAACUUUGGACAUAAGAUUUCUUGACCUAUAACAAAAAACUGCAUUUUUUUGAAAUCCUUAAAGUAUUUCCGUCUCAACGUUCCCAUCGAUGUGAAACAUCCGGUGUUGCUACUUCCAAACCCUUAGUGAUGUAAUAUAAUAGCAUUUAUGUGACAAGUUUUUCAAUAAGCUACCAUGCUACAACACACACAAGUAUCACACUUGUGUUUUACUUAGUAUUUUGCAAAAUUUAGCUUUUUACACGUCCUGCCCAUACUAUAAUGUGUCAGUGAGUAUGUUACGUUGCCGUUUUUGCAAUAAUUCUGGAAACAUAUUCUCAUGGUAGUUGUAUAUAAGUGUAGAUAAUGGAUUUUUUCAAUUGUUAGAGAUGUAUUUUAUGCUUUAAUUAUCUUGGGCAGGGUAAAUUUAUUGAGAAGCGGAGGGUGAACAAGAACAAAAGUCCCUAUCCACCCUUGUUAUAAUUAUAACCACCAUAAAGGCCACAUAAAACCUUAAAUCUACCACGAAGGCCCCCAUCCACCCUUGUUAUAAAAGUGUUUGUACGGUAUGGCCCCAAAUUGUGGUACUUGUUAGGGCCGAUCCAUGAAGACUUGGUGAAUGGGUAAUCUCCACCAGUCAGGAAGUGAGCAAGUAACGUGUUAUUGGGUGGUAGACCGUACUGUAGUGGAUGACCAUAAGUUUGAGUAUGUGAGUAUGACACCUCACCCGGGGUCUGAGGUGGUGGUGGGCGGGGAGGAGGUCCGUAAUUCUGUGGUCGACACUGGUAGUUUGAGUCUACUGUCGAUGGGGCACGACCUUCUGGAGAGUAUCGGUUUUGCUGGAAAGUGAGGUUCUUAAUAGUACGAGUACUGUAAGGAAAGAAGGUUAAAGACUGUCUUACUCUACUCUACGUUACCCUACCCUAAUUUACUUUAUCCUACCCUAGCCUACCCUACCCUACCCAGUAUUUUGUAGUUUGAGACGGCUUUUUAUGACCCGUUAUGUUAAGGAUAUCACUAACAAAUGACCUCUUAUGUUAUAGGUAUCGCUACAAAAUGACACAUCUUUCAGAAGCCGGAAUCAGAAUCAAAACCAUUCGUUUGCUGAUACCAAGAUACCGUGGGAUCAUUUUGGCAAAAAGCUGAGAAUAUACUUGACGAAACAGGACCUAGAAAGAGCUGGUGAUCUGUUUCAAGUCAUAUUAUCCAAGGUCCGAGAACAAAUACCCAACUUUCAAGGCGUUUUGGCCUAUAACAACUACGGUGGACGGCAGGUAGGGCUUGGUUUUAGGCUUAAGAAAUGUCUAGUAAUAGGCUUAAGAAUUGCCCGUAUUUUAGGUUUAGGCUUAAGAAAAGUUUGUAUUUUAGAGUUAGGCUUAAGGAAUGUCCGUAUUUUAGUUUUAGACUUAAGAAAUGCCCAUAUUUUAGACUUAGGCUUAAGGAAUGCCCGUAUUUUAGCCUUAGGCUUAAGAAGUGCUCGUAUUUUAGCCUUAGGCUUAAGAAAUGCUCGUAUUUUAGCCUUAGGCUUGAGAAAUGCUCGUAUUUUGGUCUUAGGCUUAAAAGAUGUCCGUAUUUUAGGUUUAGACUUAAGGAAUACCCGUAUUUUACUUUAAAUUUUAAAAAAAAAUUUUUAGGUAAUAUUAUACAACGACGCGGACGUACGCCGAGCACUACACGAAAUGGGCCAGAAACUGAAGCUCUACUCUACAGUAGUCCCGGACAAGGGCUACAUUGCAGCAGCUGACAUUCGAGGCUCCCGAUCUCAAUCUGUACCUCCUCCAGUGAGUUUUUUUUGAUAUCAUCAUAAUUUUACCGUAUCUGUUUAUAAAUACCGUAUUUGGUGUAGGUCAUUAGAGUAGGGUAGAUAGGUUAAGUAGGCAGGGACGUCGUUUGGGGGAGGGGGAGGGGGGGGGCACCCCCUCCUCCAGAGCCGAUCCGAAAAAAAAUUCUACAGGUGGUACCUGUACGCAAAAAAACGAAAAAAAUUUUUUUAGGAAAAUCGGCCCACAGGAGACGAAAAAAAUUUUUUCGGCCUCCCCCCUCCCCCAGAAAAAAAUCUGUAGCGACGUCCCUGUAGGGUACUACACUAUAGGUUACGGUGUGGUGGGAUAGGAUGGAAUAGAACAGGGUAGGGUAGGGCAGUGCAGGGUAGGGUAGGGUAGGGUAGGCUAGGGUAGGAUAAAGUAAAUUAGGGUAGGGUAACGUAGAGUAGAGUAAGGCAGUCUUUAACCUUCUUUUCAUAUAGUACUCGUACUAUAAAAAACCUCAUUUUGCAGCAAAACCGAUACUCUCCAGAAGGCCGUGCCCCCUCUACAGUAGACUCAAACUACCAGUAUCGACCACAGAAUUACGGACCUCCACCCCGCCCACCACCACCUCAGACCCCGGGUGGGGUGUCAUACUCACAUACUCAAACUUAUGGUCAUCCACUACAGUAUGGUCUACCGCCCAAUAACAUGUUACUAGCUCAUUUCCUGACUGGUGGACAUUACCCAUUCACCAAGUUUUCAUGGAUCGGUCCUAACAAGUACCACAACUUUGGGCCAUACCCGUACAAACACUUUUAUAACAAGGGUGGAUGGGGGCCUUCGUGGUAG